CGCGACGGAGACCGGCUUUUCCGGCGGCGAUAUCGUCGUGGCAACCGCCGCACCAGCGCGGGGCGGGGAAGCGCUUAUAUAAAGACGCGAGGGGGCGUCGCAAUCAUUGACUGUGUGCCCGCGCCGGAGAACACAUACAACGCGCGACUGACCGCUCUUCUAUAAAGGCAUCGAGUCGUCGACGGAGAAGAGUUGGCGGCCUCUGCAGCUCUCGAUUUUUCCGUGCGCGCUCUAUAGGCUGACGUACGUUAUACGCCGGAGCUAACGUUAUUACGACCAUGCAGUUCGUCCAGCAGAUUUCGGGCCUGUUUCUUCUGGUGACGUCGCUGUGCUGCGACAGCAUUCGAGCGCAGGACUCAUCGAACAUGACGAACAUGACCAACAUGACGAGCAUGACUAACAUGACGAACGCGACGAUGGUUGAAUCGCCGAUGCCCGCCCAAAUGCCGAUGAACAUGACACAACCACAACAGCAACCGCCGACGUCCAUCUGGACGACCGAGGAACUGGUCACUGACCUCUCGCUGCCCGGCGUGCCGAAUGCGACGCUCGACGUCAGGUACAACGGGUCGCUCCAGGUGACGCUGGGCAACAAGCUCACGCCCCAGCAGGCCAGUACAGCGCCUACCGUGUGCCUGAGAAACGUCAGCGUCGACUGCGAGCCGCCGUUCGCGCUGCUCAUGGUGGACCCGGACGCGACGAGCCGUCAGAACCCGCAGUUCCGCAGCUGGCUCCACUGGAUCGUGGUCAACGUCAACGCCACCGAAAAGCUCCACGAGGGCGACCAGGCGGUGCCGUACAACGGACCCGCGCCGCCCAAGGGUUCGGGACCUCACCGGUACGUCUUCCUGCUGUACUGCCAGCGCGGCAGGCGACUCCAGGGAUCCGAGUUGGCGCCCGAGAAGCGAAACAACUUCAACCUCGCCGAAUUCGUCAACAAGACGGAGCUCGGGCCGCCACUGGCCGGAAACUUCUUUUUCGCCGAGAAUCCGUAGAAAAGGG